AAACGCCCCUGGAUACACGUGACAACAGCUAGUCUCUUUGGAAACCGUAAACAAUUCUACAGAAGGCUCAGAAGCGUCUGUUACUUUUCUCGUCCAUAAAUCUAAUUACAUAAGGAUAAGUCAAAUUAAAUGGAGGAGCUGUCAUCUCUUCAAAAUCUUCAGGCACUCUCCGACUUGCUCUCUCUACCAGCCGGGGAAGAAAGCGACUCAGAAGACUGCAAGAAUGUAAAUUCGAUAGCAAAAAUGGGUCCUGGACACAUUGGUGCUCCUUCUUUUGCACCUAGGCAAGACAAGAAUGCAGUCAAUAGUGCCUAUGUGAAGAACACCAAAGACAUCUGGGAUGUGGAGGAAGUGACUGAAGGGACACACUUUGAUGACCUUGCAGAUCCACGUCCUCAGCCUGAGUAUGAGAUUAUCUUGAAGCAGAGUGUGGGUACUGAGGACUUGUUUCUGGGCAUGAGCCAAAAGGAUCCAUCCUCCAUGUGCUGUGAGAGCAUGCUGGUGAGAGUGACGCUACCGGAAACUCAAGCUUCUGAUCUUGUGCUGGUUGUGAAGGAGAGAUUUGUUGAUCUAAGAACUCCGAAAUACAAGCUAGGCCUGCAUCUGCCCCACUCAGUGCGCAGUAGGGAAGGUACAGCACGAUUCAUUACAGAGAGAUAUGAACUGGAAAUCACGCUGCCCAUGAACAGACCUCUGGACUCCAUUAACCUCACCUGAAGAUAAGGAAUGUAGAACUCAUGGGCUGUCUCUGAAGAAAAAGAACUGCUUCACUGGCUGGAAAAGGAAGAAUUCACAGGAACAGAAAUUAUCAAGGCACAUUCAAGUAUCGAUUGUUUCCAAUUUUGGAACCACAGUCAGUUGUUUUGGGCUUGUACCAUGAAUACUCUUAUAGAUGGAUACUGUAAAUAAAAUCACAAGUUACUGUUUUUAAAAAAAAAUAUAUUAUUUAUAAAUAUAGUGAAUUUGAACGUUUCAUUGAAAUUGCAAUCAACAAUUUGCUUUUGUCUGAAGAUGAGACAAGUAAGACAUUUUCUUUUGAGAUGAUUAUGUUAACUAACCUCUGUUCUGUCUCCAGUCACUGCUACUCAUGAUUGCUGUCUAAAGCUUUGACCAGUGACAGCUUUUCAUUAAAACUUGUAAAAUGUUU